AGGCUCGGAAUCAGGUACGGAUUUCUCUCUGAAAAUGCCAAGCCAGUAAUGGAACGAACACGAGAGAGAAAAGGAGAGUAAAAAAAAAAAAAGAGAAAAAGGUAGCAGCGAGUGUUAGAGAGAGAAAGUGAGCUAGUGAGAGGGGAUGGGGCAGAUCGUGAAGAGGAAGAAGAAAGGGAGACCGUCGAAGGCGGAUCUGGAAGCUCGAGCUUCAUCAGCGUCGGAGCGGGAUACACGGCGGAGCUUACGACGACAAAAUGUGAGGUAUAACGUAAUCGACUACGACGAUGAUUACAUUGAAGAAGAUGAUGAGGAGGAUGAAGAAGAAGAGGAAGAAGUGAGAAGGCGAGAGAAGAAGGUUAAGCUCGUGGAUAAGCUCCACAGCAGCGAAAGUGCACACUCUUCAAUUGCGCGUGGAGGGCACGCGCUAGGAAAUGGGGCAUCGGUGGAGGAGAACGAGGAGGAAGACGAAGAAGAGGAGCGCGGGAAGAAGCCAUUAAAGAAGAGGAAAAUCAACGGUGUAGAUGCUGCUGAUUAUGAUGAUGAUGAUGAUGAGGUAAGGGUACGAAAGGGAGACACUACAGGGCAGGACUCUGCUCCAGGGACUCCCACAGAAUCUGCUUCUGGAUUGCCUUUGCCGGAUAAGAAAGUAUUGGCAUUGAUUCUUGAUAAGCUUCAAAAGAAAGACAUAUAUGGUGUGUAUGCAGAGCCCGUUGAUCUUGAAGAGCUUCCAGACUAUCUCGACUACAUUGACAAUCCAAUGGAUUUCAGUACGGUGAGGAAGAAGUUGGCUAAUAAAUCAUACGGUACCUUGGAGCAAUUUGAGAGUGAUGUGUUUCUAAUAUGCUCUAAUGCAAUGCAGUAUAAUGCACCAGAGACCAUAUACCAUAAACAGGCACGUUCCAUUGAAGAGCUGGCAAUGAGGAAAUUUCAGAGGUUAAGGGCCAACAUUGAGCGUGCUGAGGAAGAGAUGAAGGCAGAACAGAGAACACAAUCAAAUUCAUUGGUGAAGAAGCAAAUAAAGAAACCUUUUGGCCGGACCAUCCAGGAACCUUUUGGCUCUGAUUUUUCCUCAGGUGCUACUCUUGCCACUCAUGGGGAUGUCCUGAAUUGUUCUGCUGCAAACCAAGCUAGCGGCUGUCAAAGGCCUUUUGUUACUGACGAGCCUCUUGACGCCAACUACUCCUUGGUCGAUAAUAAUAUUGAUAAGAUGGAAGAUAUGACAUCAGGAAAGGGUUUACCAUCCAAACUUGCGAGGAAGCCAUAUAUUGUUGAUGAAAACCGUCGAGCAACAUACAUUAUAUCCAAUCAAACGGUGUCCAAAUCAGACUCGAUAUUUACAACCUUUGAGAAUGAAGUCAAGCAGCUUGUUUCUGUUGGUCUUCAUGCAGAACAUGGCUAUGCCAGGAGCCUGGCUCAUUUUGCUGCAACUCUUGGACCUGUUGCUUGGAAAAUUGCAUCCCAGAGAAUUGAACAAGCAUUGCCUGCAGGGUUUAAGUUUGGUCGUGGAUGGGUGGGAGAAUAUGAGCCACUUCCAACCUCAGUAUUAAUGCUUGAACCUCGAACCCUGAAAGAAUCACAUUUUUUCUCCAAGUUCAAGGGCACUGCUGAUGCACGAAAGGUUGACAUGACUUCUAAAACUCCCAUCCCUCCCAAUGAGUGUGCUUUAAGUGGUCCUCGUAAAGAGCACUCUGUUCCAGUUAAAGAUGAAAAAUUUCUCGGCAGGCCUCCGAGAGAGCCUUUUGCUCAUGUCAAGGAACAUCGUGUCAAUGGGUCUGUGAGGGAGCAUUUUGUUCCUGCUAAGGACCAUCCUGUCAGUGGGCUUAAUUCAGAAGGGAAGCCACCAUUAUUUCAUCCUAGGAAUGGGCCUGUGUUGGGAGCAAAACCGUCUUUAUUUGCUGCUGGAAUGGCAGCUAGCCACCCUGCACCUUCGACUUAUCUGCAGCAGAAUCUGCCUUUUAGGAAUACUGCUGCACCUGAGAAAAAGGUUACAAAGCAAGUUGAAUUGAACUUGCCACCUUUGGCUAAUCAACAUGAUGCUGACAUUGUUGCAGAUAAGCAGCGUUUGAAUAAUUCAGAAAUGCCAGUUUCCCGGCCAAGAGAGAUGGUGCCAAGGAACUCAAAUCUUCCAAAGCCAUCACCGUUUAAGCAGCCAGAUUAUAAUGGAGUUGGCUCUAGAGGAUUACCCAAUGGAAAAGUAACUGGAAAUCCCUUGAAUGGUGGAAUGAUUAGUUCAUCAACUGACACUGUUCCUAAUCAAGUUACCAAAGCAGCAACUUUUUUGGCAUAUGGACAAGAGAGAGGUCUUCGUGACCCAGUUGAGUUGAUGAGAUCUGCUGAAAAUGGCCAAAAGCAUGAGAGAUCAACGAACCAUACCCCAGCCGAUAGUCCUUCUGUAGCGGCUUCAGUUCCAUCUGUAAGAAAUGAUUCAAGCAAUGUUUCAUUAACUGCUGCCCGUGCAUGGAUGUCAAUAGGAGCCGGUGCUUUUGAACAACCAACAGAAAAUUCUAGCACUCAUAAAACUCAGAUUUCUUCCGAGUCAUCAUAUAACCCAGCUCGGCAGCUUCAUCCUCAAAGUCCACGUGUUCAGGAGCAGUCUCUGCUUCCCACCAGCAUGCAAUUGUCCGAUAGGAGCAGUUUUCAAUUUCAGGUAUUUCCACACCAACCUUUUCGGCUAGGAAACGGUUCCCAGUUGCAAGACAGACCUAUGGUCUUCCCUCAGUUGGUAACAACCGACUUUUCUAGGUUCCAUGCACAGUCUCCUUGGCGAGGUCUCAGUCCACAUUCCCAACCAAGGCCAAAACAAGACACCCUUCCUCCAGACUUGAAUAUCGGUUUCCAGCCCCCAGGUUCCCCUAUGAAACAAUCAUCCAAUAGUAUUAUGGAUUCGCAGCUGCCAGAUCUGGCUUUGCAGCUCUAAAUUCAGGCAGAUUUAGUGAGAAGUUACGCAGAAAAGAAGAGCGCAGAGGUUGGAUCUGUCUCCUGUACCGUGGGCCCUAUCUCUCACAGCUUUGGUGCAUAAGAGGUGAGAAUGCCCCAUCUUUCAGAGAAGAAAUGGCCUUUAUUUGUCUACCAUUGAUGAAAAAUUACCUAAAUCCAGUCCCCGAUCAAUAAAAUGGUGCCGGAUUUUCUAAUUCCUUGGCGUCAGGCGAUAUGGGAUCCAAUCAGAGGAUCAAGGAAGAAUAUUUUUAUCACAGCAUAAGAUUUUCUCUCCUUUUCUUAACGAGGAUUAUUCACUGAGUAGCUCAUCAUAGGAAGCUAAAAUCUUUGGAGAUCAGCAUGAGAAUGAUUGAAUUUUAGCAACUAUCAAUUGAUUAGAGGUUGGUAGACUGAUUGAUUAUUAAACAACAGAACCCAUUGAUGUCUUGUACAUGAGUUACAGGUUGAUGAGGAUUAGUUGCAUAGAUUUUAGUUGCUUCUAUGGCAUUACAUGUUAUUUCAUCGAGGAUUAUGCUGGUAGUGUUGUUAUGUACAUGUGAAAGGUAUUAUCACAAAUGAAAUAAUUUUCUGUCAUUUCCUCUCCA